UUUUCUGUUUGUGCUUACUAAACAUCGGUCAGUAAAUAUUUGUAGACAGUUGCAGUACGAUUUUUAUUGUUUUGACCAAUGAGUUUUUAAUUUGAAAUAAAAAUAUGGGUUUGAGGAAAUAAAGUUUUGGUUGCUAAGGGCGGAAGCGGAAGUGACUCCAUGACGUUAUUUUUGUUAUGUAUACCAGCUGAUCAUCAGCAAGAGCAUCACAUAGAAUAGCCGCAACGCUGGGAAUCGUACACAAUAGCUGGUCUAGUUUUAUUUUUUAUUUUUUUUUUCAUUAUUAUUAUUAUUAUAUCACAAUUUCUUGCCCUUUUGGGUUAUUCAGGAUUUAUUUAGCAGCCUAUUCAGAUGAGCAAUUUGAUCGCCAGGGUGCUGUGCAGGCCAUAACACUGGCCUACUACGCUAGCGUUAGAUCCGGCAGCAGAUAUUAAACUACUACGUGGGUUGUGCAAACAAUAUGGACUUUUCACCCGCUGUAAGAGCAUCCAGUGGUUUUCAGAUUCUCAGUGACUAAGAAAAAACCCUCUCGAGAUUGUUCGACAGAACAGCUGAAGAGGGAGACAGUUGAAGUUGCCAGCAGGAGACUACACCGUCAUAUAUUAGUGUUGUUGUUGGUCUCCAAUGUCAGACAGCGCGGUUAUCACCCUCCCAUUCAUAUCGCUACAAUAGAAUCGAAAGAAAAUGUGGUUGAAACUCUUUUUCUUGCUUCUUUACUUUCUGGUUCUGUUUGUCCUGGCUCGUUUUUUUGAAGCCGUUGUGUGGUAUGAGACGGGGAUCUUUGCCACGCAGCUGGUGGAUCCUGUGACACUGAGCUUUAAAAAGCUGAAGACCAUCCUCGAGGGGAGAGGGCUGGGAUACUCCGGCCUGGCCGAGAAGAGGGACGUCCGAGAGCUGGUUGAAAACUCUGGAGAACUGAUGCAAGGGGAGCUCUAUUCGGCUUUAAAAAAUGAAAAAGAAGAAGCAGCAUCAGAUUCCAGCACCAGUUUUAGUGGGGAGAUGCACUUUUAUGAGUUAGUGGAAGACACUAAGGAUGGCAUCUGGUUGGUCCAGGUAAUAGCCCAAGACAGAAAUCCAUUAUUGAGCACAGCCAACUGGGGGAAAAUGGUACAGAAAGUUUCUCGCUUUGGCAUUCGCACUGGUACUUUCAACUGCUCGAGUGAUUUCAGAUAUUGCCAUAAGCGUGGCUGGAUGAAGUCCACUCUGAUCAUGUCAGUUCCUCAGACUUACUCCUCUAAAGGAAAGGUCGUACUUAAAGAGUAUAAUGGAAGACGCAUUGAAACCGAACACAUCUUCAAAUGGAUGACUGCACACGUGGCCUCGCGCAUCAAGACAAUUCGUUUCUCACAACAGUUAACGGAUGACUGGUAUCAGAGAGAAAAACAGCCUGUGAAGAUGUUCUUGUUUGCCAAACUGCUCCAGCCUCCUGCCUUCUUCUCGGCUCUCAGCAUCAAAUUCACAGGGCGCAUUGACUUCAUCUUUGUUGAUGUUCGCAACUGGGACAACACCACUUGCUUGGAGGAGAUCGGGGUGCAACAUCUGCCCUCAUAUAUUCUCAAAACACCAGAGGGUAUUUACAGAUACGGCAACAGCACUGGGGAAUACAUUUCAUUGCAUGCCAUGGACACAUUCCUACGUUCCGUUCAACCAGAGGUCAAUGAUCUAUUUGUUCUGAGCUUGGUCAUGGUUAACCUGAUGGCCUGGAUGGACCUUUUCAUAACACAAGGAGCCACGAUUAAACGCUUUGUGGUUCUGAUCAGCACACUAGGAACUUAUAAUUCUUUACUCAUCAUCUCUUGGCUCCCGAUACUUGGAUUCCUUCAGCUACCAUAUUUGGAUAGCUUCUAUGAGUAUAGUCUUAAACUGCUGCGCUAUGCAGACACAACCACUCUUGCCUCUUGGGUCAGGGCAGAUUGGACCUUCUAUUCUUCACAUGCUGGACUUUUCCUGAGCACGUAUCUGGCCCAUGGGCUCCUCAUAGACUACUUUGAGAAAAAGAGAAGAUGCAGCAAUGAAGACCAAAAUGCAAACAACCUAGAGUGGUUGUCCAGCCUUUGGGAUUGGUACACCAGCUAUUUGGUACAUCCUAUUGCUUCCUUUCAGAACGAGUCAGAUUGGGAUGAUGAUCCUAAUUUCCUUUUGGAAAGGUUGGCAUUCCCUGACCUAUGGCUUCGUCCUCUUGUUCCCAUCGACUACAUCAAAAAUCUACCCACUUGGAGGUUCCGGUGUACAAGGUCCAAGGGGACCACCAGAAUGGACCAAGAUAACCCAACGAACAACACAGAGCACUUGUCAUUCAUGAAACCAGGGAGUGAGCAGCAAGAACACGACAACAGUUCAGAGAGUGCCAAUGCAAGGAGUUCAUCUGGGAUGAGGUCCCAAGAGUCCUGGUCUUCUGAAGAGGAACAGGACACUGAUUGGUCCCAGUGGCCCUGUGGCAUGCUUCAUUGCACAGAAUGUGUCGUUUGUUUAGAGAACUUUGAAACGAAAUGCCUCGUCAUGGGACUGCCGUGUGGUCAUGUGUUUCACCAGCAGUGCAUUGUGGUCUGGCUGGCAGGUGGGCAGCACUGUUGUCCAGUGUGUCGGUGGCCAUCUUAUAAGAAGAGACCAGCGAGACAACCAUAUGCAGAUUUUCCCCCUGAACCAGAAUAGCAGAUUCCAUUUACUGACAACCCAAAAUAACUUAUGAAUACUUGAUGUGCCCAUCGCUAGUUCUUUAGGCCUUAUGUUAUGAAUACUGUUUUUAUUUUGGGUGGUAUUAACCUGCAUACACAUUAGUUCAUUAUGGCAGAUUUUGGACAUGUUAAGUCUAGGCAUGGACUACAUACUAAUUAGAAAUGUAGAACUAAUCUUUUUAGUUCUUGCCUAAUGCUUAAUCUAUACCAAAAACUGGAUUAUGGGGUACCUAAACCUUGCUAACAUGAUUAAAAUGUAUACUUAGAGAAUAUGUGUAAAAAAAAAAUUACAGUUUUGUAAUUGGCAAAGUCAUGCACUUUUUUUUUUUCGUAACAGAGAAGGUAAUGGCACAACUAUUGAAUAGACAAAUUUCGUUCUUAGCUUUCAUGAAGUCUAGUGAUGAGAUAAAAGUAAAAAAUAAUCCCCAUAAGAUUCCAUGGAUUUGUUUAAUGUGUGUUCAGUUUAUAACUGUAAUGGAAAUACAAUGUAAAAUUAAGUUUCACCAAUCAACCACAGACAUGCAUCUCGACUGAUUAUCAGUAAUUUGAUGCUUUGACCUUUCUCAGGUGGACAGUUCUGACCAUUAUUUAACAUUGUAGUGUUUUGGGGGGUUCUACUAGAGUAAGGGUGUUGGUGAUUUGUUUAAUUAGAUGCUGAUAGUCAUUGAGUAGUUGUCUGCGAGAGGACAUGGAUUAAAGCAAGUUAAAAUCAUUUGUCAAACCAAACAAAUCGGGUAUGUUGUUGAAAAUAGGUGGUCUCAACUGUAGCCAUGUAACUAAAACUCUUCACUGAUGACUGAUUUAACGGCUAUCCAGUUUUACACAUGGAACAAGACAUGAAAGUCCUCAAAGGUGACAUAUUAAUAUGGGGUAUACCAGAGUACCCUGCCAAAGCACAUUAUAUAGUGGCAAACUUAGUAGACAACUACCCAAGUUGUGUUAUGUCUCAAAGGAGGAAAAAAUGCCCCAGAAAUGUGGGUAAUAGUUCAGAUUUAUUAGUGAUUACCUGUUUAUUUUGAGGUGGUUAAAUUUGGGCACAUCAAUGUCAGAUUGACUUUUUAUACACCUAAAAUUGAAGUCUGCUUGAAUUAUCACAAUAUAUGUGGUGAAACGUAGAACAGUGUAUUGAGUUUUCCAACUCCAACCGAGUUUGUCCCAAAAAUACGACCUUCUACAUGGCCAUGUUAAAUGUUAGCUUGCUUAAAUCAAGCUGAUAUAACAUAAUCAAGCAUUUCAACGAUAAAAGGAUGUCUUGACCCUAGCCAGCAUUUAUUUCAACAAUGCUUUUGAAACGUGUAAAAUAACUGCAUUGUCAUCAAAGCUCGACAAAGUAUUCAUCCAGACUAAAAGAUAUAGGCAAUAAAAUCUGAUCAUUUGACCAAAUCCCCAAUGUUGCAUUCGAGAAAGAGGAUCUGAAGCAAAUGUUGUCUUUCCUUAUAUUUAAUACAAGCAAAAAAAAAAAAAUUUGUCAAACUUGCUUGCAUACAAAGUAAAAUGGCUGACUGACCCGCCUGCUAGAUUCCACUACUCAAAUCAGGUUGGGGGGUUUUCCCAGUAAAGCAUGGAGCUUGGUUGUUUUUCCAGGCCAGCAUUGGCCUGCAUUGUAAAAUCUUUAUUAAUGACCUUAACCCACUGACUUCAGCUGUUUGUGUGAAUCUGAAACCAAAUUUGGCACAUUUGUUUACUGUGAUGUUCAAGCCAUUAAAGUUGACUUUCACCUUU